AGCGUACAAUUGCGGUGUUGAAGACGAUUCCUCUUAUAUGCCAGGAGGUAGUGCAGCAGAAAACCGUGUCUACUUGCGUGCGGUGGGAGACACUGAAGGCGAGCAUCUGGCGAAGUGCAUUACCAUUAUGGCAAAGUACAACUCCACUUGCUCUAACAACUUCAUUUGUAAUCACUUCACAAAUAUAACUUUGUCUACCUUGUUGACUAGCGAUUCCCACAAGUGCAAAUUGUAACCACAAGUACAAGUACUUACAACUACAGAUAUUUCUUCAGAUACCUGCUCUUCUAAAGUCAAGUGUUCCGAGUACGUGGUGACGGGCAACGAAGGUUGUGGCGGCUUUGUCUACGAGCACGAGGAACUACCUCCGAGUCGUGCCGCAGAAGGCAAGCUCGUUGGCAAGGUUGGAGCGUGCGUCAUGCGUCGAGGGCCGGUUUCGAUGGAUCCAAUCUGUCCACGUCUAGAUGGAAUUAGCUUCUUUCGUCGCAUGUCAGCUGUAGUAACUGUCAAACCUGAAGACGAAGAUGCAAAUGCGGCACCAUGAUCCCAUCAAUUUCAAGGACAACUCAUCUAAAUAGCACGGGGAAUGAACAAAAGAUGAUAUUAAGGGCUUUGGAGAUACUCACUACUACGUCAAAUUAUCUUUCUCACCUUGUUAGAGUUUGUUAGUCUUCAUCACGCUACUACAACUAGUUUUCGUGCCUUCUUAUAUAUCGAUUCCUUUUUAUUCCCUCAUAUCAAUUACUUAUUCCUGUGAGUUUGAAUUUCAUACUUUUAUGCAAGAGGUCUUCCUAGAAAAAAAUUAGUCUUUUCUCAGGACGUCUUAAGUCUUUGUCAAAAUGGAAAUGCCACCAACAAAAAUGUUUCCUGCACAGAGGUCGAGGGCGGCCUAAGAGCAAAAUAUGACAGUUUCCGCACGGCAAACUUACAUCGAACAUGUUGACAACUCCAGAACAAGUAGAUGCCAUAGGCAUAGCGGCA